AUGACAGACCUAAGCGGCCCAGAUCACCCGGAACGACACUCACGCUCCGUAGCUGGGAACGUAUACUACAGGCCGCGGUCUUCGGAACGGAGGCACCGCCCAUCUUCGGGCCUCCCCACUCCGCAUAUUCGACCUCGCCAGCGCCGACCGCAGUCUAUCCACAUCGUGUCCUACCCCCCAGGGUACACUCCACCAGACCUGAGACCACCUCCUUUCUUCAAAUCCAAGCCGUCCAAACCAAAGAAAGAAAAGAACAAUCGAGCCGAUGCUAAGAAAGAAGGUCGAUCCAGCAAUAUAAGUUCACCGCGACGAGUAAUUGAGAGAGUUCUAGGACCUUUAAAACUCCAUUUCUCGCAAUACGUCACAGCCGAGAGUCCCAAACCACUUGCCCCCCUUAACCCCCCCAACGUUUUGAACAGCCCCGGAACGACACCUAGUACAGACGGUGUUUUGCGCACGCGCCCCCAUUCUAUGAUUGUGCUUCCCGCCACUGGAGCAUCCUCGAUGUUAAGCACCUCCGCAAUGCCGGAUUCUGGACGGUUAUCAAUGCUAGUUCCGCCCUCGCAUCGAUCCCACAGGAAUAGUAUCAUCUCUGUGCGUUCGGCCAAGAGUGUGAUGAGCUCGGUGACAGAAGUACCUAAGCCAGUAGCAAGCGGAAGCGGCGUUUCGUGCUCUAUCAUCUUGGCAGAACCUAAUAUUUUUCUCACUGGAUUUGAGCACGAUGGCCACCCUCGGAAUGAUGCUGCCAAUUCUACGGCGUUGCUUAGGGGUAAACUACAGCUGAACAUAUCUAAAAAUGUGAAGAUUAAGUCGGUCACCCUUAAGUUACACGGCAGAGCUAGGACGGAGUGGCCAGAAGGCAUUCCCCCGCUGAAGGUCGAUCAGUCCGAAGAAGAAUCACUUCGGACCCAAGUACUAACUUUUUUUCACGCCAUGCAUGAGUCGUGGGAGACGGAGUAUGGGAAUCAGUGCACAUUUUCUCUUCGGGCUGGUUCUGACUGCGGUCGUCGGGGAUCUCCCUCCCAAUCGACGAUCUCCCUGGCAUUGAAGAACAGACCCGCCGGCACUCACCUGUCACCACGAGACUAUAAGAGACUAUCAUUACAAUCGGCUCAGUCCCGCAGUUUUGGCAAAGGAGAUUCGCCAAACCCGAACGUCGUGCAACAGAAGGCAUACAAAGUUUUUUACCCCGGUGUAUACGAAUAUUCUUUCGAAUUACCCAUCGACCACCAUCAGCUGGAGACUACCAAAUUGCAGUUCGGGUCUGUCAAAUGGGAGCUUGAGACGGUAGUGGAACGAGCUGGUGCGUUCAAGCCUAAUCUCCACGGGAGUAAGGAGGUAUGCAUCGUUCGAGUGCCCGAUCAACUGUCCCUUGAAAUGACAGAGCCAAUCUCUAUCAGCAGACAAUGGGAGGAUCAGCUUCAUUAUGAUAUCAUGAUAUCAGGCAAAUCAUUUCCUAUCGGCACGAAAAUACCCAUUGCUUUCAAAUUAACGCCGCUGGCAAAAGUACAAGUACACAAAUUGAAAGUGUAUGUGACGGAAUCGGUCGAGUACUGGACCAACGACCGAAGGGUCACUCGGAAGGAUGCAGGACGGAAGAUAUUACUUCUGGAAAAGUCUGCAGGGAAGCCUCUCGACAAACAGUUUGAAGCCUCGGAAAUAAGAGUAUUGAGUGGCGGCGAACUAACCCCCGACGAAAGGCACGAGGCGCGGAAUGCAGCACAGCGACGGCGGAGUAUCGAGGCCUCGAGGUCUCACAGGGUACCCGAACCAUUGCCUGAUCCUACGGACAACUUGUUGGGCGAUUUGGAUCUAGGCCUAGAGGCUUACUGGGCAUCGACAGAGAUCGAGAUGAAUGUGCAGAUUCCAACGUGUGAGCAGAUGGCCAAGGACAAGACUUUACGCCUACAUCCGGAUUGUAGCUGGAAGAACGUGAAUGUGUACCAUUGGAUCAAAAUCGUAAUGCGCAUAUCUCGUCUCGAUCCCGAUGACCCAGCCGGUAAACGUCGUCGGCAUUUCGAAAUCAGCAUAGAUUCGCCCUUUACAGUUCUCAAUUGCCGUGCUACGCAGGCUAAUACUGCAUUGCCCGAGUAUUCCGGCACCGACCAGCCCAUGUAUCGACAGCAGGCAAGCUGUGGCUGCCCCGAUGCCGAUGUAAUGGCUACUAACCCCAGUCCGGCAUCGAGUACUGGCACGAUACCGUCCGUCGACGCUGGCGCUCAUGCUGUUGGCGCCGAAUCCCCUGGCAUUGCGUUACCACAGGCGGCUCAUCUGCAACAGCAUCCCGCAGGAGGUUCUCAACCUGUCCAGAGACCUAUCAGUGCACAAUACGCGCCGCGACCCAUGCAUCUGCUGCGAUACCCGAGCUUCAAUCCUCCAGCUUUCGACGAUGAUGUACCGCCGCCGCCAAUGCCGACCCCACCACCACAAUACGACAUCGUUGUGGGCACUCCCAGUGUGGAUGGCUUGGCCGACUACUUCGCAAGACUAGCUAGCUACGACGAUAAUGACUCGGACAGCGCUGACGAGGGGGUUCACCCGCCUAGUAGGCUUACUGAGCGAAGCGGACGAGUGAACGUGCCUCAUCCAAGAACGCCGGGUGGCAGAAUUGUCCCAAGCAGGAGUUUGGAAAUUCAGCGUCCUGCUAUACCCAUGACACUAAGCAUGGCGGGGGAGCUAUUAGAGCGUAGGCGUUGAUGAGGCGCACUAAUGGUUUCUUUGGAGUUGUGUGUGUGAAAACUUGUAUUGCUUAAUAUUAAUGACAGAUCCCGGAUCAUCCGAAUUGGGUCCACGAUUUUUAGAACCGACAUGGAAGUACCGGAUUUUAUACCCUUGUGAGACAUGCGAAAAAAGGUUGCAUUCGGAUUCUUUUUAGAGGCUUAAGGAAACGCGAUUCUGGCGGAAAGGGCAUGAAUGCAUGAAUGAAACAUAUGUUGGCUAGGUGGCAGAGAAUAAGGAGCAAGAUGCGGAGAAUGGCAGACAAAGACUGGUGUUUAGGCUGCAUUGCUAUGCUUGUCUGUUUCUAGAUCUUGUGGCUUGCCCUCCCCUAGAUAUAUCUGGGGUUUGCGAUCCGGGAGCAUAAAACGGCUUGGCGCUGUAUAUUGAUACCAGACAUAUUUACCAACGAACCCACCAAGAAAAUACUACAUAUUUGUUUAUUCUGCACUACUUGUCUACCUACCUAAGUACCCAUUUGUUACUUCUUCCCCUGUAUCAACUUUUUAUAUUUGCAUAACACGCAUUGUACCUAGUAGCGUAUGAUCAGCCA